AAACUAAAAAUAAAGAAGUCCGAUUUUAAUGAUUUAAUCAUAAAAACAAACGCAAGAUAUAACAAAAAUUUAAGAAAGAAAGCAUCAAAUUGUAUGAUCUAGGUUCACACCCCUCCAUGCUCAUAUGGUCCCUGGGAAUAAAAUCCACACCCAUGUGCCUCUCCUUCUCUUUCACCAACCAUAAACUCAAAAUUCAACCCUCGCCGUCACCAGAAACCCCAUCCCCUUCAUGUCAUGAUCCCGCCUCUGCUUGUUCCUCCAUGUUGGCUGCAGCAAUCGGCUCAUGGUUCCGCUCGAGACGGAGCCGAUGCUUGUUUCUCUUACUCUGUUCACCCCUUCUCCUCCCUCUGCUCUGCGCGUGUUUGCCCUUUCUCUGCGCCGCGGAAGUAUUUAUCAGAUUCUGGAGAAGAAGAAAACAUCAAGAUGAAGAGCGGUUGAAGAGAUGUGAAGAGGGUCACUGUGGAUGUGAAUUUGAAGAUGAAAGGGAAGUGGGUUUGUUGCAUAGGUACUUGGAAGAUCAGUUGAUGCUUAUUGGAUCUGUGUACGAUUGUGAUAUUGGUGAUGAUCAUGUCGAUUAUACGGUUCCUCUUUUGAGUUGAAUUUUUUUUUUUUUAUUUUAACUUGUUGAAUUUUGCUGUGAAAUGUAUAUGUGAAAUUUGGUGAACAUUAGAAUUGUGAAAUAAAUGGGAAAGUUUAAUUUUAAUUUUAA